AUGACACGAAUGUGCUUCAUCUUCCUGCUGAUGAGUAAUGCCAUUUCAGUCUCUACACAGUUUAAUGGAUACAACUGUGAUGCCAACUACCACAGCAGGUUUCCUGGUGAGCGGGACAUCAGUGUAUACUGCGGGGUUCAGACCAUCACUUUAAAGAUCAACUUCUGCCCUGUGCUCUUCUCCGGCUACACCAACGCAGAUUUGGCCCUGAAUGGUCACCACAGUGACUCCCAAUGCCGCGGCUUCAUCAACAACAACACCUUCCCCACUGCCGUCUUGUUUAGCAUCAGUCUCAGCACUCUAGAGGCCUGCGGUAACAGUCUGGUGGUCAGCACAGCCUACGGGGCCAAUGCCUACGGGAACAUGUCUCUGGUACAAAUUGGGAACGUCUCAGGCUAUAUCGACACCCCUGACCCACCGACUAUAAUCAGCUACCUGCCUGGUUUGUUAUAUAAAUUCAGCUGCAGCUAUCCACUGGAGUACCUGGUCAAUAACUCACAGCUGGCAUCCUCCUCUGCUGCUGUAUCUGUCAAGGACAGCAACGGUACAUUUGUGAGCACGUUGAGUAUGAUCCUGUACAAUGAUUCGACAUACAAUCAACCUCUCUCUAUUCCAAUGGCAGGACUGGCUCUGAAAACCAGAGUAUUUGCUGCUGUGAAAGCCACAAACUUAGACAAACGGUGGAACAUCUUGAUGGACUACUGUUACACAACCCCCUCAGGGAAUCCUAAUGAUGAACUCCGCUAUGACCUUUUCUUUGGCUGCUACAAAGACCCACAGACGACGGUCUUGGAGAAUGGGAAGAGUCAGAUGGGACGUUUUUCCUUUGAGGUUUUCCGUUUUGUUAAACACAGACAUCAGAAGAUGUCAACUGUGUUUUUGCACUGCGUCACCAAGCUUUGCCGGGCAGACGACUGCAUCAUGCUCAUGCCAAUUUGUGGGCGACGGCGCAGGCGGGAUGAAGGGCAGAGCCUUGAUUCCCCACCAUCAGCAUCUGGGAACGCCGUCAUCACCGCUGGACCAAUCAUCACCAGGAGUGAUGAAACUCCUGUCAACAACUCUCAACUUGCAUCUGGCAACCCCUCCCAGCCAAUGAACCCAGUGACCAGUGCUCUAAUCUCAGGCGUGGUCAUCCUGGGCGGGGUCAGCGUGGGCUUCUUGCUGCUCUCGGUACGCCUCCUGCUGAAGUCCCGCCUACCAACAGCCACAGCCUCAGGUGUUUGGAACCCCAGCUUUAAAUGA